GGAAUAUCUACAUGCUGAUCAUCUUUGUUGUGACACAUCAAGUCGUUUGGGGAAACCAAAGACAGCAAGAUGUUUCUCGUUCUCUUGUACUUCGCUUUGCCCUUAGUGGAAGUGAGCGGGCUGCCUGGAGGGGACCGCCUGGACUGCGUGAAAGCCAGCGAUCAGUGUCUGAAGGAGCAGAGCUGUAGUACUAAAUUCAGGACACUGAGGCAGUGUGUAGCCGGCAAAGAGAGCAACUUCAGCCGGGCCACGGGCCUGGAGGCGAAGGACGAAUGCAGAAGCGCCAUGGAAGCUCUCAAGCAGAAAUCCCUGUACAACUGCCGCUGCAAGAGGGGCAUGAAGAAGGAGAAGAACUGCCUGCGCAUUUACUGGAGCAUGUACCAGAGCUUGCAGGGAAAUGACUUGCUUGAAGAUUCCCCUUAUGAGCCAGUUAACAGCAGACUAUCAGACAUAUUCAGGCUAGCACCAAUGGUAUCAGUGGAGCCAGUACUUUCAAAGGGGAACAAUUGCUUGGAUGCAGCCAAAGCUUGUAACCUAAAUGACACCUGCAAGAGGUUCAGAUCUGCUUACAUAACCCCCUGCACCAGCAGCACGUCCAACGAGAUCUGUAACAAGCGCAAGUGCCACAAGGCCCUGCGGCUGUUCUUUGACAAGGUGCCCCCAAAGCACAGCUACGGGAUGCUCUUCUGCUCCUGCCGGGACGUGGCCUGCACUGAGAGGAGGCGCCAGACCAUUGUUCCUGUGUGCUCCUAUGAGGACAGGGAGAAGCCAAACUGCCUGAAUUUGCAAGAGUCCUGCAAGAAGAAUUACAUCUGCAGAUCUCGCCUUGCAGAUUUCUUCACAAACUGCCAGCCUGAGUCACGCUCUGUUAGUGGCUGUCUGAAGGAGAACUAUGCUGACUGCCUGCUCGCUUACUCGGGGCUCAUUGGCACCGUGAUGACCCCCAACUACAUCGACUCCAGCAGCCUCAGCGUGGCCCCAUGGUGCGACUGCAGCAACAGCGGCAACGACGAGGAGGAGUGCAAGAAAUUUCUGAAUUUCUUCCAGGACAACACAUGCCUUAAAAAUGCAAUUCAGGCCUUUGGCAAUGGCACUGAUGUGAAUGUCUGGCAGCCAAUCUUACCAGUACAGACCACUACAGCCACAACCACGACAGCUUCCAGACUCAGAAACACAGGGUCAGAGACCACCAACAACGAAAUUCCCUCCCACAACGAUUCACCAGCAUGUGCAAACCUGCAGGCACAGAAGAAGCGAAAAUCCAAUGAAUCUGUAGAUACAGAGCUCUGUCUUAAUGAGAACGCUCUGGGGAAGGACAACACAGCUGGAGUCUCCACCAGUCACAUAUCCGCAGAGAAUUCCCUGGCUCUUCCCACCAGCUCCUAUCUAAGCACACAGCUCACCCUGAUGGCACUUGCACUCUCACUCUCUUUGUCCCUAAGCUCAUCAGUCGUCUUGUAGCUGCAUUACAAAAGGACAAAAGUGUUUAAAAAAAAAAAAAUCCC